AUGACAGCUCAUUCAGAAAUUGCAUCCGUCUUUCUUACGGAAUUUGAUAUGAAAUCAGGUUACAAACUACAGUGGUCGAAAUCUUACAUAGACACCAAUAGUCUGCUGCUUUUGCUUGAUGGCAUCGAAUAUAAAUCACUUCCAAGCGGGAUCCACGAACUAGAAGAGGCCACUGUUUUCAUUAGUCAUAAACCAGAGAACAAGAAUGGUCACCAUAAGGAAGAUAUCACAUAUUAUGGUGUCAUUUGUUUUAAGCAAUUUGCGAUUACAGACACGAAAAACAUCACCGAUAGAGAUAACUUGAAAAUGUAUUCAUUAGGAGUAUUAUGCAAACCAUCGUCCAAGGAAAGCGAAUGGAAGCCAAAUGAAUUUAUUAGAAAUGGAUGGGAAUAUAUUGAUGGCUUGAAAAAGAUUCUUGAUGACUUGAAAGAUACCACGCGAAAAUGUGAUGGCCCUAUUAAUUUGGAUGAAUUCUUUAAUCAAUCUGGAACUUUUAAAAAAGUGUUUGAACAAGCAGAUUAUAUGAAAGCUAAAAAUAACUCCAAUCAUUUAUUAUUCAGCCUACCACAGUUGUUUGAGACUUUGGGACCUUUAGUUUUUGCUAUUUUUAAGCAAAGUUUAUUACGCAAAAAUAUAAUGAUAUUCAAUGAACUUCAUCUGCAAACACCAAAUAUUAUUGCUGCUAGUUCUGAUGGUUCUCAUGAUGAUGAUAAUGAUGAUGCGGAGGAGGAGGAAGAUGAGGAAGAGGAGGAGGGGACGGAAUUUUAUCGUAACAAGAGCACUCGUAGAGCGGAAAAAGAUACUUAUGCGUUAUUGACUUCCUUCAGUUACCUAUUUACAGUAUUAUCAGUAAUCCCUAAGGACAUUGAAUUGGAACAUCCUGAGCUUCGAUCGCAGCAACCAUUGUUCAAUGUUGGUUUACAUGAACUUAGUUCAAACACAUUCAAACUGAUUGAUUCAAAUGGAUUUAUUGGUGUUACAAGCGAUGAAAUAUUGAAGAAUCACCCUAUAUAUGAUGUGGGUGUCGAAAUAGGGCACCCUGAAAUCAAAGCGUUUCUUAAGCAGCCAUCAACAAAGCAGCAGAAGCAGCAGAAGCAGCAGAAGCAGCAGCGAGAGCAAAGUCGAAACUUACCUAUCAAAGCCACUAUCCGUGACUAUCACAAGUUUCAGAAAAUUUUCUCUCAAUUAGUAUCAAAACAUUUACUGAACAAAGGAGUCUUGAACACAUCAACAAAGGAUCAUCGUUCAGUAUAUUCACCGUUGAAUAAUUCUACUACUCCUGUUAGGUUUUCUGCAACAAGUUCCUCAACAGAUUCAGGUCCAGGUCCAGGUCCAGAUCAAGACCAAGACCAAGACCAAGACGAGGACCAAGAACAAGAUCCAACUACCGCUACCAUUACAACUUCAUCAACGGUGGUUCCUCCUACACUUCAACCGCUUCGCAAAACAUACACUGAUUUAUCGCCCUCGUCUCCAAAGCUUUCCAACGAGCCAUCGUGGUGGAGGUCAGCAACAGUUGAGUCUGUAUCAUGGAGUGAAUCCGUAUGGUCAGCAUUUUCGUGGUUUGCAUCUGCAGGACAACAGCUCGAAAAUGAAGAUAGCCUUGACCAAUUACCUCAAAACACGUGCGACUCUUCUUCGCAGAUCCAUCUUUUGUCAAAUGAAAAUGAGUUUGGAAAUAAAGAUGGGAUGGAUAGCUCAUUGGAAGAUAUAAUUCAGACUAUAGGGGUGUUCCAUAAACUUACGCAUAAAUGGUUUAAUUAUAUCGAUGAGCUCAUACACGAAGUACACCAAGAGGAGCAAGCUAGAUUUGGAAGCGAAGAGGACCAAGCUCUAGUCGAAACAGAGGUUGUUGAGGUUUUGCAAAUUUCGUACCAGGAUAUGAUUGAGAUGGAAUUGGAUCCGUAUAGUGUACUGGACAUUGCAUUUCUCAAGGAGUUUGUUGCAUUAUACUAUAGGGAGAAAGUUGAUCGUGUUAAUGUGGGAUAUAAUUUUAGUAAUGUUUGCUGUUGA